UACCGGAUCAACUGAAAAAAAGACAGCUUUUUGGAUGUUGGUGUUACUUGUCACGGUUAUGGUUAUGUUACGGUCUCAUCGGCAUGGUGUGCAUAGGAUGCUGUGUCGUAGGGUGUUGGGUUUUCUUUGGCUUACAAAGUUACAUUAAACACACCGUGUGCGUCACCAUCAUCAUAAAUAUUCAUUCAUAUCAUAACAUCAAACAGUAACUCUUUCUUCUUACUUUUUCUUUUUUAAUUUCCAUUUCUUGUUUUAGAAACAAACAAAAAACAAUCAUUUGAAUAAAAUAAACACAUUCUAGCUAGCUCAUAAUUUUCCCUUUCCCUCUUCUGAAAAAAUGGGGAUGGGAACUAGCACCUUUGUUACUAGAUGGAUCAACUUUCUCACCAUGGUUUUGGCCAUAGUUGUGAUAAUAUUUGGGGUGUGGAUGAGCACUCGUCCUGAUGCCUGCAGAAAGUCUCUCACUAUACCUGUGCUAAGCAUUGGAGCUGUUAUAUUCUUAAUAUCCAUUGUUGGUUUCUUAGGUGCCAUGAAAAGAAGCUCCAUGCUGUUAUGGGUUUAUCUGAUCAUGUUGUUUUUCAUCUUGGUGGGAAUCCUGGUCUUCACGGUAUUGGUAUUCAUUGUGACUAAUAAUGGAUCAGGUCAUAGUGUCACUGGCUUGAGGUACAAGGAGUAUCAACUUCAAGAUUAUAGCUCUUGGUUUCUCAAAGAGUUAAACAAUUCUCAUAAUUGGAAGCGAUUGAGGGCUUGUCUAGUCAAAACUGAAGACUGCAAUAACCUGUCCAAAAGAUAUAAGACUCCGAAACAAUAUAAAUUAGCUAAAUUGACCCCAAUUGAGGCUGGCUGUUGCCGACCACCUUCUGAAUGUGGAUAUCCUGCUGUAAAUGCAUCCUACUACGACUUGACCUUUCAACCAGUUAGCCCCAACCAUGAUUGCAAGCGGUACAAAAAUUCUCGAGCCGUCAAAUGCUAUGAUUGUGAUUCUUGCAAGGCUGGCGUGGCACAGUACAUGAAAAUCGAGUGGAGAGUUGUUGCAAUAUUCAAUGUUGUUUUGUUUGCGGUUUUGUCUAUUAUAUACUUUGUGGGAUGCUGCGCCAGACGAAAUGCUGCUAGGAGCCAAUCUAAGAGUUGAAGGGGAACCUAUAUGCAUUCUUGAACUGCUUUUGAAAUUUGUUGAAGAUGAAAAAACAUAGAUCAGUGUCUUCAGCUAGGGAUGAGCUUGUGGAAUUCAUGUUAGUUUUAGGAUCCCUCGGUGUGAGGAUUUGUAUAUUUUUCAUGAGCUCCAGAUCUUACUUGAAUGGUUAAUAUCUUCUUCAAUGAUACCAUUGAUUUCAUUAGCAGAGAAAAAUUAGAAUUACCAAACUCUAAUGACAUGAUUUCUUUUUUGACAAUCUAUACGAACAGGAAAUUAAUGCCUGUUUGUUCUAUAA